AGUUAUCCAACUGGGCAAAGUUCAGCCCGUUUUAUUUAGUAUCGUUUUGAGUUCCCGUUUAGUUGUCGUGGGUAGCGUUUGGGUGUAAAGUGCGGCAGGGUUUGGAAAAAUUAAUUAAAAUGUCCUCAUUCAGAAUUUUCGGGGCACUCUCCAAAAUUUCAAGGGGAAAUGUUAACGUCAGUAAGUCAGUGCAAAUCCGGAAUAUGGCCACAAUGGAGAAGAAGCACACAAAACUUAAGGUGGUGGACAACAUUGGGGUGAUUACUUUAGAUUCGCCGGGAGUCAAGGUCAACUCACUGAAUCAUGAAGUCAUGGAGGAAUUUCGCACGACGUUGCGAGAAAUCGAAGCUAAUCCAUCCAUCUCCGCCGCCGUACUUAUUUCCGGCAAACCUGGAAACUUCAUUGCCGGCGCCGACAUCAGCAUGUUGGAGAAGCUGAAGACCCGCGAAGAAGUCACCGAAGUAUCGAGGAGCGGUCAAGAAAUCUUGGCCGAGAUCGAGAACAGUAAAAAACCGAUCAUUGCAGCCAUUCAGGGACAAUGUCUGGGUGGUGGUUUGGAAGUCGCAUUGGCCUGCCACUACAGAAUCGCCGUUAAAGACAAGAAGACGGGUUUGGGCUUGCCCGAAGUUAUGUUGGGACUUUUGCCAGGUGGUGGUGGCACUCAAAGAUUGCCUAAACUCACCUCCAUCCCCAACGCAUUGGACAUGGCUUUGACCGGAAAAACGUUGAAGGCUGACAAAGCGAAGAAAUUUGGAAUCGUUGACUUGGUAGUCGACCCUCUGGGCCCAGGAAGAGACGAAGCUAGCGCAGUCACAUCAAAAUACCUCGAAACUGUUGCGGUUAACACCGCCAAAGAUUUGGCAGCUGGUAAAUUAAAAGUAGACAGAUCCAAGAAGAGCUUACAGGACAAGAUUUUGGCCUACGCCCUUCAAUACAACUGGGUAAAGGAUCAGAUAUUCGGCAAGGCUAAGGCCCAGGUCAUGAAAAUGUCCGGUGGAUUGUACCCAGCUCCUUUGAAAAUCCUCGACGUGAUCCGCACUGGUAUAGACAGAGGCAGCGCUGCUGGCUAUGAAGCUGAAGCCCAAGGCUUUGGAGAGCUCGCCGUUACACCCGAAUCUAAAGGUUUGAUGAGUUUGUUCAGAGGUCAAACUGAGUGCAAGAAAAACCGUUUUGGCAAGCCACAAAAGGAAGUCAAGACUAUCGCCGUGCUUGGUGCUGGUUUGAUGGGUUCUGGUAUUGCUCAAGUAUCCAUUGAUAAAGGCUACCAUGUACUACUUAAGGACACGAACCAAAACGGCCUUGCCAGAGGAGUCAACCAAAUCACCACCGGUCUUAACAACGCUGUUAAAAGGAAAAGGAUCAUUGGCUUAGAAAAGGAAAGAUUUUUGUCAAAUUUGGACCCCACUUUGGACUACAAGAACUUCAAGAACGCAGACAUUGUCAUUGAAGCAGUAUUCGAAGACAUCAACAUCAAACACAAAGUUGUGAAGGAAGUAGAGGCGAUUACCAGACCUGACUGCAUUUUUGCCACCAAUACUAGUGCCAUUCCAAUUUCCAAAAUCGCACAAGCUUCCACUAGACCCGACAAAUUCAUCGGUAUGCACUACUUCUCUCCAGUCGACAAGAUGCAACUCCUCGAAAUCAUUACCACCGACAAGACCAGCAAGGAAACCACCGCAGCUGCCGUCGAUGUAGGUCUGAAGCAGGGAAAGGUUGUCAUCACUGUUGGUGAUGGACCUGGUUUCUACACAACUCGUAUUUUGUCCGCCAUGAUGGCUGAAUCAGUCCGUCUGUUGCAAGAAGGAGUCGAACCCAAAGACUUGGAUAAACUGACCAAAAAGUUCGGUUUCCCAGUUGGUGCAGCUACUUUAGCUGAUGAAGUUGGUUUGGAUGUAGCUUCUCACAUUGGACCAGACCUAGCUAAGGCAUUUGGAGAGAGAUUUGGAGGCGGCGACUUGGGAGUGAUGAGGGACAUUGUCCAGGCAGGCUUCCUCGGCCGCAAGUCCGGCAAAGGCAUUUACAUUUACGAAAAGGGCUCCAAAAACAGGGACGUCAACCACGACGCACUCGCCAUUGUGAAGAAAUACUCCCUCGAACCCAAAGGUUCUUUCGAAGACGAAGAUAAAACUCUUAGGAUGGUUGCCAGAUUCGUAAACGAAGCCGUCCUCUGUUUGGAGGAGAAAAUCCUAGCCAACCCCAUGGAGGGAGACAUCGGUGCCGUGUUCGGACUUGGAUUCCCUCCAUUCUCCGGUGGUCCAUUCCGCUGGGUCGACCACUACGGUGCCGCCAAGUUGGUCACCAAAAUGGAGGCCUUCCAGAAUUCGUACGGACUUCCCUUCAAACCAGCCCAGACUUUGAUCGACAUGGCCAAAGAUCCCAGCAAAAAAUUCUAUCCUAAAUAAUUUAUUACUCAUGUUAUUUAAUUGCGUGCCUUCAUGCCUUUUAUUUUUAUAUAUUUCAUAGUUUUUACUGUUCUACUUUUAUAUACUGUUCUAUUGUAUACUUAUAAGACUACAAUUUUAUGUAAAUAAAUACUUUUAUUGGUUUA